AUGCCGCCUCCAAACGACGCCUCAAACUCUCAGCCUCCCCAAAACAGCUCACCAAAUCGGGCAUCCUCACCGCCCACACCUCCCCAAACCUCGGCCCUCAAAGGCGCCUCCCUGCUCAUCAUCCUCCAAGUCGCCUCCCGCCUCAUCACCUUCAUCGCCAACCAGCUCCUCCUGCGCUUCCUCACCGCGCCGCUCCUCGGCCUCUCCACGCAGCUCGAAGUCUACUACCUCUCCGUCCUCUUCUUCGCCCGCGAGAGCCUGCGCGUCGCCAUCCAGCGCCAGGGCAUCGCCGGAGCAGCAUCAUCAAGCACCAAGAAUGAUGAUGAUGAUAAUGAUGCCGACGAUGCUGCUGUCGCGAAAAGAGAGGGCCAGGCGGUGGUGAAUCUGGGAUAUCUCGCCGUGGGACUGGGCGCCUUUGUCAGUGUCCUUCUGGGAUGGAUGUAUCUUGCUUCAGCUCCGGCCGCCACGCUGGAGACUCCCUGGCUCGUCGAGUCGCUCUGGCUCUACGGCGCUGCCGCCAUGGUCGAGCUGCUGUCCGAGCCGUGCUUCGUCCUGAUGCAGACGCGUCUUCAGUUCGGCACUCGCGCGGCUGCCGAAUCCAUCGCCACCUUUCUUCGCUGCAUCGUCGUCUUUGGGUCUGCCGUGUGGGCGUCUCGGAAGGGCCUGGAUAUCGGCGUGCUGCCCUUUGCGCUCGGCCAGCUGUCAUACGGCAUCUCCCUCCUCCUAGUUUACUUUGCCUCUGGAUACCGCCUGGCGCUGACCACUGGAUUCUCGCUUCUGCCCAAGCGGCUCGCUUCUAGCAAGGAAGUCGACUUUGUGCUGUCCUACUUUUACAAGCCGACGGUAAGUCUCGCAGGCAGCAUGAUGGCCCAGAGCGUGGUCAAGCAUCUGCUGACCCAAGGCGAUACGUUCCUCAUCUCGCUCUUCUCUACUCCCCAAGUCCAGGGCGUGUAUGCCUUGGCAAACAAUUACGGCAGCCUGCUUGCCCGCCUCCUCUUUCAGCCCGUCGAAGAGAGUAGCCGCAGCUACUUUUCUCGCCUCAUAGGGCCGAUUGCAGCCCCCCCGCUUCUGUCUAUCGUGGCGGGCAGACGCUGGACCGGCUCAGGUGCUGGCCAAGUUCUUGGCACGUACUGCUUCUACAUUCCCUUUAUGGGCCUCAACGGAAUCACCGAGUCAUUUGUUGCUUCUGUCGCUACGGAGGCUCAGGUUCACCGCCAGUCGUUCUGGAUGGGCAUCUUCUCAGCAGUCUUUGCUGCGUCUGCUUUUUUCUUCAUGAGCGUUCUCCAACUCGGUGCUCAUGGACUGGUGUACGCCAACUCCAUC